CCGGGUGCCUGGGACCCCGCGGAGCCGCUGCCCAGCCCGCGGGGCUCGGCAGGGAUGCAGGCUGGGCUGUGAGCCCGGGCGCCAAGGCCAUGUCCGGCGCCCGCUGCCGGACCCUGUACCCCUUCUCCGGGGAGCGGCACGGCCAGGGGCUGCGCUUCGCCGCCGGCGAGCUGAUCACGCUGCUGCAGGUCCCGGACGGCGGCUGGUGGGAAGGCGAGAAGGAGGACGGGCUCCGCGGCUGGUUCCCGGCGAGCUACGUGCAGUUGCUGGAGAAGCCUGGAAUGGUCCCCCCUCCGCCGGGAGAGGAAAGCCAGACUGUCGUUCUUCCACCUGGCUGGCAAAGCUACUUGUCUCCUCAGGGCCGGCGUUACUAUGUCAACACGGCCACCAAUGAGACCACCUGGGAGCGGCCCAGCAGUUCUCCGGGGAUUCCAGCCAGCCCUGGCCCUCACAGGAGCUCUCUGCCUCCAACAGUGAAUGGAUACCACGCGUCAGGGACCCCAGCGCACCCUCUCGAGACUGCCCACAUGAGUGUCCGAAAAUCCACCGGUGACUCCCAGAAUCUGGGAUCCUCGUCACCAGGCAAAAAGCAGAGCAAGGAGAACACCAUCACGAUAAACUGCGUGACGUUCCCUCACCCAGACACGAUGCCGGAGCAGCAGCUGCUGAAACCAACCGAGUGGAGCUACUGUGACUAUUUCUGGGCUGAUAAGAAGGACCCCCAAGGCAACGGCACGGUGGCUGGGUUCGAACUGCUGCUUCAGAAACAACUGAAGGGCAAACAGAUGCAGAAGGAAAUGUCAGAAUUCAUCCGGGAAAGGAUAAAGAUUGAAGAGGAAUAUGCGAAGAACUUAGCUAAGCUCUCUCAGAACUCCUUGGCUGCACAGGAGGAGGGCUCCCUGGGAGAAGCGUGGGCACAGGUGAAGAAGAGCCUUGCAGACGAGGCAGAAGUUCACCUCAAGUUCUCAGCCAAGCUUCACAGUGAGGUAGAGAAGCCCCUAAUGAACUUCCGGGAGAACUUCAAGAAAGACAUGAAGAAGUGCGACCACCACAUCACUGACCUCCGUAAGCAGCUCGCCAGCCGCUACGCUGCAGUGGAGAAGGCCCGGAAAGCCCUCACAGAGCGGCAGAGAGACCUGGAGAUGAAGACCCAGCAGCUGGAGAUCAAGCUGAGCAACAAGACAGAGGAGGACAUCAAGAAGGCACGGAGAAAGUCCACACAGGCUGGAGAUGACCUCAUGCGCUGUGUGGACCUCUACAACCAGGCCCAGUCCAAGUGGUUUGAAGAGAUGGUGACCACCACAUUGGAGCUGGAACGGCUGGAGGUGGAGAGGGUGGAGAUGAUCCGGCAACACCUGUGCCAGUACACACAGCUGCGGCACGAGACGGACAUGUUCAACCAAAGCACAGUCGAGCCUGUGGACCAACUGCUUCGAAAAGUGGACCCAGCCAAAGACAGGGAGCUGUGGGUCAGAGAGCACAAGACGGGCAACAUCCGCCCCGUGGACAUGGAGAUCUAGACGGGCACACGCGGCCCGGGGGUCCUGCUGAGGAGAGGGGCUGGGGGUCCCAUGGAGAUGUGGUGGCGGCUCCGGCUGUGGGGCCUGCUACCAAGUGGAGCCGCCCUCCCACCCGCUCUCCUGGUCCACAGAGGAAAGGGGAGAGUGUGGGUCACAGCUGGUGAUUCUAGAAGGGCAGCCUGGACGGCCCCGCUGGGAGCUCUCCACUGUUCCCAGGCCAAGAAGACAGAUCCAUGGUCCUGCCCUGUCUCCGAGGCCGAAGCCCCCAACUCCCGUGCUGUGCUUGCCACUCCGAGAACAAACCGAGGCUAGAACUUGUGGUCCCUGCUGAGCACUGUAGGGGUUGCCUCCCCAUCCAGAGCCAGCUGUGUCACACACUUGUGCCCCUGGAAGCCCUAAGGCCCUUCCUCCAGCUGGCCCCCUUGUCUCUAGGGCUUUGGAUGGUCAGGGGAGGGAGGUCUCUGUCUCCAAGCCCAGUGUGAGGAUCAGAAUCGUGGAUAGAAGGCACCAUUCAGCUCAACAGCCUGCACCCAGAAUCCUUUACAACCCUCUGUCUUUUAUGUUCCCUGUUGCAUUCUGGGAGCCCGCACCCUGGCUCUUCUCUGCCACUUUUCAUCAUCAGGAGUCUUAGGAAGAAGGCCUGGCUCCUGUCUUCCCAGACUGGCCCCGCCUGGAGAGGUCAGGAUGGAACUACCUCAUUCAGCAAAUUAGCCCCGAGCCUGAGCGUUGAGUCGUGCUUCCUAUGAGAUCAGGCAUCUUCUGUAAAGUCUCCUCUCUGGAAAUACCCAUCGACCCAACCCUCAGCCGCUUCCUCAGGGAAGCUCCCUCCUCCCACCCCCACCCCCUUUCCGGCUCUUAAUGGGGCCCGUCAGUCCCACGUGGGAGAUGGGUUGGGGCAAGUCUUUGUCAUCCCGCAGAUGGCUCCACCUGCUUGUGCAGGGCAGGGUUGAGACCGCUGUCCCUUGUCCGGCUUUCUCGCACUGGUGGGCACUAUACAGGCAUUGCAGACUCUUAUGGUCACAGUAGGUUGUAGCCUUCCAGGGCAGUGUCCCGCCGCCUUGGCCUCUCAGCUCCUGCGUGUUCCAGAGCCCUGCACGGAGUCCGUGCUUGGUGCUGGUACCACCCUCCCCAUCUCCCGAUUCCUGGGAAAGCCUGGUCUGAGUGUGACUUGGGAAGCUUCAGCACUGCCAUUGGGUCCUUGCUCACCACCUUCUCCCUUUAUAGAACCACAGCAAACGUGUUCUCCACCAUGUUGAGUCUUGAGAAUCAGCUCGUGGGGAUCAGAAGAAGAAAUGGGACCUGAAGGAGUUCACACAGCUAGCAAGGGGCAGAUUCUAGCCCGGAACCCACGCCCUGAGAAC